AUGACGUCUAUACCAGCUGAAUGGCCCAAGACACUGGACUUUAUUCUGCAUCGCCUGGAUGAGAUUGUCAGCGACUUCCCAACUCCGCCCGCAGACGCUGCUCCACCAGCCCACUCUGAGCUACCUUCGCGGCCCCAGACGUCCAAUGCCAUAUCAAGUCAAGAGUCGCAUACCACUGACAAGGAGAAUGCACCGCCUGCGACCCCGCCACGACCGCCCGUCCCCGCCUUCUCCACGCCCUCCGAGUCGCACACCGUCCCCCAAGACAUCACCACCUUCUACGCUUCCAUUCGAAAUACUCUUUCCAAAAACUUUGCGAAACAUCCACCGCAUACCAUUCAACGGCUAGCUGAGCUAGUACUAGAGCCAAAGAAGAGGUAUAGCUAUCUGCCGCCAUACCUCCGCGCUCUCGAUCGCGUCGUCUCCGUGUCCUCACCACUCACAAUAUUUCCCAUUCCCCAAGCCGUACUACCCACUGCUGGCGGUCUACUCAAUGGCACAACAUCUACCAGUGCACCUCAGACGACAGCACUUGGCUCUGAUGAAUCGCUCGGCGGCGCAUUACUCACCCCGAUACCAUGGCUCCAGAACCGCGGCCAGAAUGAGUUGAUAUCCGAGAGUACAGAAAUGGUCGAUGGGCCCAAUGGCGCUGGCCGAAUUGAAACUGUAACCGUGGGUAUGCUGGCCGGAACCUCGCGACCAGAGUCGGCCCAAAUCGCCUCGUCACAUCCAGAUGGCGAGACGCUGCCUUCUACGGGCCCAGUCACACAAGGCGAGCUUCUGCGCCAGGAACAAGAGGCCGGUAUCGUACUCAACAAUCCGCAUUCCCUAAAUACGAGCCCCACGCGGACCACGUUUGGCGAAUUGGAGGGCGGAGGUACCAUUAUUGAAACAGUCGAAGGACAGGAGGAAGUACCGCAUGCAAGAGGUCCUGAGAUAAUUGGCCUGGAAGAUACUGGGCUACAGAAACAGGGUGGCGGUCUCGACAUCGAGGGUGCGAUUGGCAGACCGAGUGUAGUACAAGCCUGCAAAAGUCCUGGACCAGCGGCGCCUGUGAAAGGAGACGCACAGGGCGAGAACGUGCCGGAUAGCGGCGAGAAGAGCGAGGCGGCGUCCACUGAAAAAGCCGUCACGAGAGGAGACACAGCAGCGAAAGAAGAAGCAAAGAAGGGCCAAGAUGUGGAAAUGUCGUCCGACGACUAG